AUGUCAUUAAAUGAUCAAAGUGUUGAAAUCAAUGAAAAUGAUCAAAAAGGUGAUAAUCAAAGCAUGUUAAUUUCAGAAGGUGAUAUUCAAAACAUAUCAUUUUCAACAGAUAAUAAAGAAUCUGUCUUUGAUGAUAUCUUAGAAGAUACUUUGAAAGAAUUUGAAUCUAAAUCUGAAAAAAAAACCAUCCCAUAUUAUUCUAAAAUCUUAUUAAUAAUAUUAUAUUCAGAUACUACUAAUGUUGACACAUUGGAAAAACGUAAUCUUCAUCUUAUUUAUGUGUUAAUUGACAAUAUUAAAAAUUGGAGAUAUAACAAACCAGAUAUUAAACAACUACUAGGAUACUUGCUAAUCCUAAAAGUUAGUGAUAAUACUGAAAAACAAUCUGAAAACUUUAAGAACGUUACUUGUGAAGUCUUUCACAAAUCUUUAGAAGUUUUGUUAAAUCCUCUCCUAAAUAAUAAUAGCAUAGAUUUAACUUUAAAUAGCGAAAUGAUUUGGUUUAGUCCUCGAGUUUCAAUCAUAAUUGCAGAUUAG